AUGAUCCCGAUCGCGACCUCUCUGCCCAUGGUGGGAUGGCACGCCUACGGCAGCUUGGGCACGGCAGCGUCCUCUCCGGCAUCUGUGGGCGUUGGGAAUGAGGGGAGGCAUUUGGAGUUGGACGCGUUGUUUGUUGCCCAGAGCUCGGAGGCGUCGCUGGGCGGGGGGCCGGUGGGAAUGGCUGCGGCAGCGCUGGAUCAGCUGCACGGGGCGAUCGGCAUGCCCUGGUGGGCCACAAUACCUGUCGCGGCAAUCAGUAUGCGCACCCUACUCCUGCCGCUUACGGUCAAACAGAUUCAGUCAACUGCAUCUACUGUGCACCUCUUCAAGCAAGCAUUGCAAUUGAGAAGAGCCAAGGCCCCCAAGAUGGCUGGGGGCAAGAAGCAAGGUCUUCAAUCCAAAGAAGGUGCCUGGGAAUUUGUUGAGUUAUUUCAUAGAAUGAGAAAAAAGACUGGUGCCCCACAUCCUGCUUGGAUUUUGGCGAGUCCAUUGAUUCAGAUUCCCAUAUUCGUGACAUCAGUAAUGGCAGUUCGUUCAAUGGCCAAUUCUGAGUGGCCUGGAUUCCCAGAGGGUGGUGUCUUGUGGUUUGCUGACCUUACCCAACCCGCCAUGGACUUCUGGGCAGCAUCUGCGCCUCUUGGUGUGCUGGGGGGUGUUGUCCCUAUUGCCAUUACACUAUCCUACCUGGCAAAUAUCGAUUUGAGCUUCAGGAGUGGAAGGGCUGCAGGCAACGUAGCUGGCCCCUUUGGUUCAUCGCUGGUCGACAUGCUGAAGCUGUUCCUGGAGUGGCUGUCCAUUCCUAUUCUUGUCAUUUCGAUGCAGCUGCCUCAUGCAAGUUUGCUCUACUGGCUGUCAAGCAGUCUAUUUUCGCUGGCGCAGAACCUCGUCCUUGGCCACCCACAAGUUCGAGCCCAACUGGGAAUGCAUCGCCAUCGGGCUGAAGGGAAUGUGGCACAAGGCAGCACCGCUCCUACCACGGACAUGCACUGCCAGGCUCUGCCGCUGUUUGCCGAGGCUGCUGAAUGGCGAGCAAAGGGAGACAUGGAAAAGGCCUUGGAGGUUUUAGAAAGCGUGAAGAAAUUUUCCGAUGAGCAUCCACGGGCACAUUUUGCCCAUGCAGAGUUGCUUCGAGAGAUGAAACGCUGGAAGGAUGCGGCUCUGAGCUAUGAACGGAGUGUCCAACUUGAAACUGAGUCUCAGCAGCGGGGUCGAUGCUGGUUUGGUGCAGGAAUAUCACUAUACAUGCUGGGGGAGCUGGAAAAGGGAGAGGCAGCCCUUUUGCGGGCUUCAAAACUGUCUUCACGUGAUGUUAGGGUGUGGAUGGCACUUGCAAGCAUAUUCAGCAAGACAGGAAGGAAAGAGGAAGCAACAAGGGCGUUAUCAGAAGCAGCGAAACUCGACCCCAGCGUACGCCAAUAUUUGCAGAAGACGCAGGAUGGACAAUGA